UUUUUUGUGCCAGAAAAUCAGAACGAUCUCAAAUAUGCAUUUUCUUUUUAUAAUUGCAUAAAUCUGAUUUUCCAUCACUGGUAUCCUAAUGCGUGACCGUUGCCCUAGACUGCAAUAAUCUGUAUUCCAACAGGUUCCCAGUCCAUCACAGAGCCAUAGAGACAGAAGAGAUUAACAACAUCUUAGCGUCAGUUCUAUUGUCAGUUCGGAAUGACCAAACAACCUAACAUAUAUGUUAGAAAGAAAAAAAAAGAGGAACAUUAAGGCAAAAACCCCUUUGAAACAUUUCUAACAAAGCAGUUUUGUUUUGUAAUAUUCUGUGAUGCUUCUUUACAUCCCCACUUCCCCACCAGCAUUAAAGAGCCCAAAAAUAUUUAUACGAAUGAUCUGAAGAAUGCAUGAACUGUGCACAUUCUCACCACACAUUCUUUCUUUCUUCUCUACCUUUGCCCUACUGCCCAGGAACGUUCACCCAGUUCUCAGCCUGCCUCUACCUGUCUGUGGAUUAUCAGCUUUCUGACUGAAAGGCAGCAGCAUGUCAGACUGGGAAGCAUCUCAUCCAAAACCAGGUCCAUCAGUACAGGCGUCCCACAGGGGUGUGUCCUUUCCCCACUGCUCUACUCCCUCAACACUAAUGACUGCGGCUCAAAAAGCCCAUCUGUAAAACUCCUGAAGUGUGCAGAUGGCACCGCCAUCGUUGGUUUGAUCCAUGAUGGUGAUGAGUCUGCGUACAGGCAGGAAGUGUAACAGCUGGUCCAGUGGUGCAGUCAGAACCACCUGGAGCUUGCACUCUGUAGUUCUGAUGUCUCGUUAUGCUGUGUUGUUCUCAUGUGGUGUUUGGGAGUGCAUCUAACGUGUUGUUCUGAUGUGUCGUCCUCAUAUGUCAUUAUUUCUUUGCAGUGAAGAAUUAUAUGACAGUUGAGGGUCUUUGGCAAUUACUACUGAAUGAAAUUACAAGAAAAUGAUCCAGGUGUAGAUCAUAGAAAAUAGUUUGCACUAACUGAUUCAGACAUAAAUAAGCACAACCAGACAGAUUCCAACAGAAGUAUAAACUGAAGUUGAAUAACAACAACCAAACGCUAUGCCAGGCUAGCAAUGGGCAUAGACAUUGUAGGAGUUAAAGGAGAUCUGUCAAGGUUUGACCGUUUAAAGUUACAAAAAACCUGGUCAAAAGCCUUGUCAAAUGGUCAUAAAUAGACAGUCAUAAACAUGUUGGGCAUUAAAGGAACUUCAUAGCAUGGAACUUAGUAUGCUAUUUACUCAUGAGUUUUAUUUUUGUUUGUAGAAUUUGUCACGAUGGUGACUUGGAUCCUGCUUAGAAUGAGUCGAACACAAACUAUUUCAACUCCAUUCCUCUAGUAGACGUUGCAUAGCACUGUUAACAAAAACCGCCAGACACAGGAACCGUUUCUUCCCCCAGGCCGUCGCCCUGAUGAACUCUUACCUCCAAAUACCAGGAAAAUCUAAAACUUUGUUAGGCUGUGAUGCUUUUUUAAAAUUUAUUUAUGCUCUUUGCUUUUCUAAAUUACAGUGAUCCAUGUUUACAUACAUUUUUUUAAGUAAGGCAUGUACAUAAUUGUUUUAAUUACUCAAGUUUAUCCCAUUUACACUGAACAUGUUAUUCGUAGAAAAAUUUUAUGUCUGUUUUUCCAAACCUGGCCAAUAAAGUUGAUUCUGAUCUGGUAUCUAAUUCUGAAUAAACCAAGAAAAAAAAAAAUCUUUCACAAAAAAACAACAAACCUCACGUUAAAAACUUCCCCACUGACCUUUUUUUUCUUUGCUUGUGUAAGCAAAUCAGGUCAUUGACUGUCUUGACACAAGACAUCAUAGGGUUAAUUUACUCAGACCUGCCACCCGGAUGCAGUCAUUCACAUGGGUCUGACAGCAUCUGGUGUGCAGAGCCAUUAAAUCCCAUUCUCAUCCCUGCAAAGCUUAACAGGCAGCUGAGUGAGCCAACCACAUCUAUCAUCUUGAAUCCAUUAGACCAAUUGCACCGUGAAGGGGGAGGGAGCUUGCUGCACUGAUCUCUGUUUGCAGCAUCCCAAGAGCAGCCUCUGUUGUGUGAAAUACAAGAAAGGGCAAGACAGCGGGACUGGAUCCAAGGAAGCAAUCGAAGAAUUGGAGGUGAAUCUCUUGGGAGCUGCUGGGAUAGGGUUACUUUAGUGUGUGGAGUCCAUCCUCAGAGAAAAUAGCUUUUGUGUCAAUGUAAACAGCCUGUGUAAUACCUGCAUUGCUAAAGGGGAAGAAGAGGAGGAGGAGAAGGAGGAGGGGCAGACACUGGAGCAAAUGUUUCCUCUUCCAUGAUUUUUUUUAAUGCCUUUAACUAUCCCCAGCCUGGCGCAAUUCACCUCUGAACAUGGAUGUUGUAUGUUAAGAUUUUAUGGCAGAGGCACAAGCAAUGCCUUGGUGGAUCCAAAACCAGCGGGAGCACACCUGUGUUGACAAUGAGACGCACUAGAAACUGAGCAACUUAACAACAUCCACGCAGAGAUCCAAAACACUUCCUUCAGUUGAAACAGUUACACCUGACCAUGGCUGUAGAUGCAGCUAAAACAACUGCAACUUUUCUAUCCACAACUGCCACAACCACCCCGGCCCCCUUGCUCUCAACGAGUCCAGGAGCCAGAGACAACAUCACAGCGAGAACAUUAAUGACUGUUACCAUAACAACAAAUGAGACCACCUUCAACACCACCACACUUCCAGAAGUUUUGAUUGAGGGCUCGGGUGUUGGAAUGUUGCUCGUACCCUUUGGUAUCAUCACAGUCAUCGGCCUAGCCGUGGCAAUAAUGCUGUAUAUUCGGAAACGGAAGCGGUUGGAGAAACUGAGACACCAGCUUAUGCCCAUGUACAACUUUGACCCGGCGGAAGAACAAGAUGACCUGCUGGAACAGGAACUACUGGAUCACAGCCGGGAAGGCAGCCUCACAGGUCCCAAUGCCAAGUUUUGACAAUGGUGUAAGGCAAAGAUGACUCUCACAACCUCCCAAGGGAUAACGCAGCGGCCCAGUCGUCUGGUCUUCACAGAUGUAGCCAAAGCCCUCAACGCUUAACAACUCUCUUCCAUUAGCUGAUCUGAGUUUGCAGGGCUGUUGGCCUCAUGCAGACACAGACUGUCGCUCCGGAAAGAAAAGAAAGGGAAACAGGACUGUUUUAGCGUGCCACUGAAGCUCUGAUGAACGUUUUCAUCACAGUAUGUGACUAAGCAGUGUUUUAAACAUUGUGACAAAAGAAGUUUCAUAUAUAAGUUAAGAAGGAAACAGUCAUGAUCUUGCACUGUUAAUUGUUUAGCGCACAAAGUAUGGUGCACUUUUUCAACAACCAUGUCGUGUCAUUGAUGUUAAAAUAUUUGGUAGCUUGUCAGUAAAGGUCCUCCAAUCUUCAGCAUCUAAUUUCAUGUUUCACAAGAGAGAUGUGCAAAUGUUUGUACUAGUGAUUUUGUGGUCUUGCAUCUCUGACAAGCCUGAAUGUGGGAUUUGUUGCCGUGUUUGUUUUCACUUUUCUUUCAUGUUCAAUGAAGGAUAUUGAUUUCAUCUGUAUACAUUAAACCUUCAAAACCAAUUGAGCAAAUGUUGUACAAAUAAUCCGUAACAAACAGGUUUAUAAGUGUGAUAUUUUAUUGAUAAGCGCAAAGAAGUAGAUUAACACAAAUCACAAGGUAAAGAACCAUAACAAAAUAUAUAUCACAGGUUUGUGAGUUGUAUUAAUGAGUGGAUGAGGACAUAUCUAUAACAUAACUAUAAAAUGGUGUUAAAAGUAAGGCAUAAAAAGAUGAUUUCUCAAGUUACACUUCAACUUUUCAAUAGUUGAAAAUAGAUCAAGUACUGUAUGUAACUAUAUCACUAUCAGUAAUAUCACAGAACAACAUUGUCCCCAUAUAGAGAGUAAAUAUCCAAACACAACUUGUGUAAAAUAACACACAUUGACUCAGCUGGAGUUAACAUUAAGAGGCACUCUUCAGGCUGUCUCCCAUUCAUUUAUGGUCAUGAAUGUAGUGAGAUGAGAUGUGUGGA